UUUUGUUAAUAUAGUUGGUUUGCCAUUUGUAUUCAAAUAUCAAUGAUCACUUUAAAUAUAAAGUUGUAAUUAAAAAUAUUACUUUAUUUUAAGAUGUACAUAUUUGAUAAGAAAAAUAUGUUUUUUAGUUAUGAAAAGAAUUUAUAUGUAAAUAAAAUGUAAAAAUAAAGUAAUUUACAAUGAUAAUCAAAGAAUAGAAUAGUGGUAAAAGUGUCUUAAAUAAAGUUGAAUUGUUUAUGUGAAGGUAUAGUCGGAAGAAGAAGAAAUGAGUAUGAGUGUAAAAAAGUAGUAAUUAAAAAUAUAGAGGAAUUUGUAGGGACAAGAGAGCACAAAAAUGGGGUUGGAGUCAACGGGUCUAAAGUCAAGAAAUGAGGAUACAUAUGUACUUGUGUUCUGGAGCACUAAAUGAAUUAACUUCCAAACUCCUUUGGUUUCUUCUUCGAUCUCAACCUGCGUCUUCAUGAACACGCCGCAGAAGAAGGAGAUUCAACUGCAAGGGCCGCGCCCCCCGCCUCUCAAAGUCAGCAAAGACUCCCAUAAGAUCAAGAAGCCGCCGCCGCCGGAGCAUAACCAACCGCAGCGAGAGCCCGUCAUAAUCUACUCCGUCUCCCCAAGAAUCAUCCACGUGAAGCCCGGCGACUUCAUGGACGUGGUCCAGCGCCUCACCGGCGCUCCCCCCGCCGACGAGGCUCUGGGCGGACGCGGCGACGUCUCUCCGGCGGCGAGGCUGGCCUCGAUCGAGAAGACCAGCCCGGCCGAUAGGGCUUUCCAGAGCGGAGACGAUGAGAUGAUGCGGAUGCUCACCCAAGGAGUCGAGGUCGCUCAGUUUCCCGGGAUUUUGUCGCCGGAGCCGGCCACCUUGCCGCCGAUUCCCGCCACGGUGUUUUCGCCCGCGUUGGACGCGCAAACCACGGCCGCGUAUUGGAACGACUGGUGGUCGCCGAGUCCGUCGGGGUUUCUCUCCGUUGCGGCGGGGUCGCCGCAGGCCUCGCCCAACGUGUUCAGCCUUUUUGACUACUAAUAAUCUGUUUUUUUUUUUUCUCUCUCUCUUUUUUUUUUUAAUAUUUGAUUGGAUAUUGAAAAUUUUAACAUUAGUUUAGUGGCUCUUCUUUGUUGUGCCACUGUUUUUGUAGAAUAUAUGUAGAAAAAAAUACAAAGACAAAGACUUUUCCAUUUGA